CGAAGAGAAGUCAAAAAAGUGCAUUGGCAUUGACUGGUGAUCGAAGGAGAAUCACAAGUAAUGCAUGCCAACACAGCCUUAUUAUAUUUCCCAUGUGUUUUGUGUGUUUAGCAGAGAAUUGUGUGCUGAAUUUUCACAAUUUCGUCUAUUUUGUGGUUUCUACAAGACCACAACGUAGCCUAGUAAAUAAAUAGAUAGUAUUGUAGUCUAUUCCCAAUCUCCUGAACUGACCUAAAGUCGUAGUCUUCUAUAAAACACCAUAUUUUACCUUCUUUUGUGAUCAUUUGCACACUUGAGUUAAUGAAACGUGUUGGAAAGGAAUUAUCUCGCCUUGCUAAACAUAAAUCGGUCUCAUUUCCGGGAAAAGCGGUGAAAAGGAGAAAAGUUAACAAGAUGGGAGUUUCCACGGAAGUUGUCACCUACGAAGUCCCGGACAAAUCCUUUUCAGACAAGAAAGAUUACAGGAUAUUCUAUUUGCCCAACAAACUGAAAGUGCUCCUCAUUUCGGAUCCCUCGCCGAUAGCUGAGUCCGAUUCCGAUGCCAGUACAAUCAACACAUCCUCCUUGUCCGAGGAGGAAGCGUACGAUGGCGAAAGCACUUCUUCUUCCGACUCGGACACUUUUUCGGGCAGUUCUCAGUAUUCCUCUUGCUCAGAGGGUGCUGACGGCCAGGAGAAGAUGGCAGCGGCUUCGUUGCUCGUCGACGUGGGAUCAUUCAGUGAUCCUGCUGACAUCAACGGACUGGCGCACUUCCUGGAGCACAUGAUCUUCAUGGGGAGCAAGAAGUAUCCAGGAGAGAAUGAGUACGACAAGUUUAUCCGGAAGCAUGGAGGCAGUGAUAAUGCGACUACAGACUGCGAGGACACGAUUUUCUACUUCGAUAUCCCUGAGAAGCAUCUUGAGGGCGCACUUGAUAUAUUUUCCAGACUCUUCGUUGAGCCUCUGCUGGAAAAAGACGCGAUCACGCGCGAGAGGGAGUCCGUGGACUCAGAGUUUCUGACCAGGAGUAAGGACGACAUGGCCAGGCUUGAGCAGCUGAUAAGCUCUCAGGCCAACACUGAUCAUCCGUGCCACUUGUUCGCGUGGGGAAAUCUCGAGACACUGAAGCACAACAUAUCUGACCAGGCGUUGCACGACAGAGUGGCUGAAUUCCAGAAGAGACACUACUCUUCGCAUCGUAUGUACCUCACUCUGCAAGCCAGAUAUCCGUUGGAUGAGCUGGAGAGAGUGGCGCGCAAGUAUUUCUCCGAUAUUCCUUGCAACGAUCUCCCUGGGACGGAUUUCUCGUGCUGGAAGCACACGAAUGUCUUCCAGAAGCAGUUCUUUGAGAAGAUAUACCACGUAAAGCCAAUCGCUGCCAUGAAGUGUCUCCACAUAAACUGGUGUUUUCCUUCCAUUCUCAAUGAGUUCAAGUGCAAACCGCAAAUCUUGGUGGAACACUUGUUCGACAACGAGCAGAAGGGCAGUCUUUGUGCGUACUUGCGGAAGAAUCUGUGGAUUCUCCAUCUUAGUGCAGAAAUUGACGAGUCGGAUGGCUUCUGCAACAACUCCUUGUACGCUAUCUUCAGCAUUCAAGUGAACCUCACGGACAAAGGCUAUGAGAACAUCUCUUCCGUCAUCGAAGCCAUUUUCUCCUACAUCAAACUGCUGCACGAGAAGGAGGACUUUAGGAAGAUCUACGAAGAGCUUCAGGCAAUUGAGGACGCUAAGUUCAAGUACUCCAACGAGAAAGAUGCCGUAGACAAUGUGGAGGAAUUGGUGAUCAAUCUAAAGUACUAUCCAGCCAAGAAUGUUCUCAAUGGCAGCAAAUUGCUGUUUGAAUACGACAAGGAGCAGAUCCAGACCUUCAUUGACAGACUUUUCAAUGAUCCCUGCAACAUCAUGAUCUGGUGCAACGACGAGACGCCACGAGAUCAGAAGGAGAAGUGGUUUGGCACGGAGUACAGACUCGAGGACAUGUCUGAAGAGUGGAAAUCGAUGAGGAAGAAUGUGGAAAUCUUUCCUGAAUUUGAUCUCGAUCAAACCAACAAUUUCAUCACCACGGACUUCACCAUUCUCCACCCAACAAUCACUCCGAUGGAGUGCGCUCAACCGCCCAGUCUCAUCCGUCAAGACAAACUCUGCGAGCUGUGGUUCAGGGAGGACACACGCUUCGGGCUGCCGCGAGCCUACAUCAACUUCGGAUUCUCCAGUGCUCUGCCUCUGCAGAGCGACAAGAACGCCGCCAUGAUGCGCUUCUAUGUCUUGACGCUCAAGUACUUGCUGCUGGAGGAACUCACAGCGGCCAGUGUGGCUCAUCUGUCGUUCUACAUCAUCUGUGGCCAGAGAAGUGUGGUCAUCAAGGUGAAUGGAUACAACGAGAAGCUGCAUCUGAUUGUCGAUGCAAUGGUGAGAAAAAUGAGCAAUUUGGAGCAACUCACGGAAGACCUCUUCCAGACGCUGAAGACAGGAGAAUUGGAGACUUACUACAACACUUUGCUGAAACCCAAAUCGCUGAAUGGAGAUGUUCGUGUGUCCAUUCUGGAAAAGGCUUUCACACCACUUUACAAAAAGUACAACGCUGUACACACUCUGACUCUCGAAGAAAUCAUACAAUUCUCCAAGGACUUCCUGAAAACGUUGAAGAUUCAGGGCCUAAUCCAGGGCAACAUGACGAAAGAAGAGGCCCUAAGCAUCACGGAGAAUGUCGUGAGUGUGCUGAAGAGUGAACCAAUUGAUGAUCUGGCAACGAUUGAGAAGAGAGCUUAUCAAAUUCCGCUGGGCAACAAUUGCGUGCGCGUGAAAGGCGUUAAUCAAAAGGAUAUGAACAGCUUUGUGAUGGUCUUUUACCAAACCGAUGCUCCGGCGACCGAGAAUGCUUGCUUUGUGGAAUUACUGGUGAACAUUCUUGAGGAACCGCUCUUCAACCAAUUGCGCACUAUUGAGCAACUUGGCUAUGAUGUGAACUGCGACUUCAGGGAGAAUUGUGGCUUUCACGCGUGGACAAUUGGAGUGAAUUCGCAGGAGAGUCAAUUCUCUGUGGAGCACGUUGACGAGCGCAUUGAGAAGUUCAUGGAGGAUUUCGUGGGGAUCUUGCGAGAAAUGUCGCCUGAAGACUACAAAAAUGCCAGAGAAUCUGUGAUCAAGACCAAACUCAUGCCAGAUGUUCAGCUGAGAGACGAAGUGACGAGAAACUGGGGAGAAAUUGUUACUGAGCAGUACGUCUUUGACAGGAUCAACAAGGAAGUUGAGAUUCUGAGGAAUAUCUCGCAAGAACAACUGAUUGAGUUCCUCCAGAAGUAUGCUUUCGAUGAGAAAUUCACCCGAAAACUCAGCAUUCACGUGAGGGGCAACAAACUGGCCAAUGAGACGGAUUUAGAGCAAGAACAACUUCCUCAUGCCUUGCAUUUGGUCUACGACGUUCCGAAUGUUGGCGACACUCGACAGAAAUUCAUUGAUGAUGUAGACAAAUUCAGGGAAUCUUUACUUCUCCACCCGGCGGUCAAUAAAACUCUUCACUGAUUCA